AGGUUUGAGAUAAACAUGUUGGCUUCCGCUGCUGUGGUGGUUUGUUUUUCUAACCUUGUCAGUGUUACUUUUUUUAGGCUUCAUGAGAGUCCAGAAGAAGAGCCACACAUCCUGCUGGAGUGUGACAGUGGCGUCCUGGAUGCCAUACAAAAACAUCUGAAACUGUACAAGAUCCGGAGGAAAGUAAACAUCGCCCCUUGCCUUGACCUCUCUUUGUGGGCUGUCAUCCCUGGGGAGCAGGCUGGAGACAUUGCCAGUUCCCUUGCAAAAUGUGCAGACCAGGCUCCAAUUUUAAGUCCUGACCCCAGAACAGAAGUCAUGGGCUGGAGAGUUAUCACAAAGAAAGGAGUAAAUCUGUCAGAGAUUAUCCCUGGGAGUCAUGUUGGAAACAUUCAGGAUUACCACAGGCACAGGUAUAAACAAGGAAUUCCUGAAGGUGUGAAAGAUCUACCUCCUGGCGUUGCCCUCCCACUGGAAUCAAACCUGGCCUACAUGAAUGGCAUCAGCUUCACCAAAGGCUGCUACAUUGGACAGGAGUUGACAGCCAGGACCCACCAUGUGGGUGUCAUUCGCAAGCGGCUGCUGCCAGUCCAGUUUCCAGCUCCUCUGCCCACAGACAGCAUUCCAGAGGGUGCUGAUAUUGUAACUGAAUCGGGAAAGUCAGCUGGCAAGUUUCGUUUUGGAGGAGGUGAACUCGGUAUAGCUCUUCUGAGGUUAGCUAAUGUAAAUGAAGCUCUCUACCUAAAUAGUGGAGGUGAUAAAGUAAAGCUCACUGCAAGUAUACCUGAGUGGUGGCCGAAAACCGCUAGCAAAUAAAUGAGGAACCAGCAUUUGCCUU